ACAAUGAUGUUUUCCAUAAUUAAAGAAAGUGCCUCUAGCAUUAGACCUAUGUAUCUCUUGACACAAAUGUUUGUAAAAUUAAUACCAAAUUAUCAGCUACUUGUAUGUGAACCCUUUACAAAGCUCCUUUGGGGGAGCAUCCAUCGGUUCCACCGAUUUCCUUGGAUUUCUUUUCAGUUUAUACCCUCUUAUUGCCUCUGACAUUGUAUUUGAUGAACCUUUUGGAUAUGAUUUCUAACUAUAACUUUAUCCAAUUUAGAGCUGAAAUUUGUAACUUGAGGAAGGAAAAGAAAUCCAAUCAGCCACUGUAGUGAUUAAAGAAUUUUGGUAAAUGAUGUUUGUUAUGUGAUAAGGUACAGGUUUUAUAAAGAAAAAUCUUCUUUAUAGACACGAGGCCACAAUAUAGCGUCUUUAGACCCCCUGGGAAUACUUGACGCUGAUUUGGACUCUGCUAUACCAUCAGAACUUGUUCUUGGGAGCUACUCACUAGAUGAGACAGAUCUGAAUCGAGUAUUCAGACUACCAGAGACCACUUACAUUGGCGGCUCAGAACAGUCAUUGCCUUUAAAAGAAAUUAUCAAUAGGUUGAAGACAAUAUACUGCAACCAUAUUGGUGUAGAGUUUAUGUUUAUCAACAACAGAGAGCAGACUGACUGGAUUAAACAGAAGUUUGAGACACCAGGGGUACUGGAGUUCAAUGAUGAGGAGAAACGCCUCACACUUGCUCGGGUCAUUAGAUCUCAGAGGUUUGAAGAAUUUCUUGCAAGAAAAUGGUCAUCAGAGAAAAGAUUUGGCCUGGAAGGCUGCGAGGUGCUCAUUCCAUCAAUGAAAACAGUGAUAGACAGCUCCAGUGCACUGGGUGUGGAAAGCUUUGUAAUAGGCAUGCCACAUAGGGGUAGACUGAAUGUGUUGGCCAAUGUAUGUCGCAAACCACUAGAGAAGAUUUUCUGUCAGUUUGAUUCAAAAUUGAAGGCGGAAGAUGAGGGAUCUGGUGAUGUGAAGUACCAUCUAGGUAUGUCAGUAGAGAGGCUGAAUCGUGUAACAAAUAAACAGAUCAAGAUUGCCGUGGUAGCCAAUCCUUCUCAUCUUGAAGCAGUAAACCCAGUGGUGCAGGGUAAAACACGAGCUGAACAGUUCUACAGGGGUGACACAGAUGGUAAAAAGGUGAUGAGCAUAUUACUACACGGAGAUGCAGCAUUCUCAGGACAGGGAGUGGUGUAUGAGACGAUGCACUUGAGUGACCUCCCAGCCUAUACCACACAUGGUACAGUGCACAUUGUUGCCAAUAACCAGAUUGGCUUCACAACAGAUCCUAGGUCUUCCAGGUCUUCUCCAUACUGUACAGAUGUAGCAAGGGUGGUAAAUGCUCCAAUCUUCCAUGUGAAUGCCGAUGACCCUCUAGCUGUCUCGUAUGUGUCAAAGGUCGCUGCAGAAUGGAGAGCCACUUUCGGAAAAGAUGUUGUCAUUGAUUUGGUCUCGUACAGAAGAAAUGGUCACAAUGAGAUAGAUGAGCCAAUGUUUACACAGCCACUUAUGUACAAGCAGAUUGCUAAAACCCCAACUGUGUUAGCUCAGUUCUCUGAGAAGUUGAUGGCAAGUGGCACAGUUACUCAACAAGAAUAUGAGGAAGAGGUGAACAAGUAUGACAAGAUCUGUGAGGAAGCAUACAUGCUGGCAAAGAAGGAAAUCUCUGUCUCAAAUAAGGACUGGCUGGACUCACCUUGGGAAGGUUUCUUUGACAACCGUGAAGCUAUGGUGCUACCUAAGACUGGAGUCAAAGAGGAGAUACUGAAUCAUGUGGGAACUGUAUUCAGCUCUCCGCCACCUGGGGACUUCGUUAUACAUGGAGGUUUGAAGAGAAUCUUAAAGAGUCACAUGCAGAUGAUUAAUGAGAGAACUGCAGAUUGGGCUCUUGGUGAGGCCCUUGCUUUUGGUUCAUUGUUAAAAGAGGGCAUACAUGUACGUCUUAGUGGACAGGAUGUAGAGAGAGGCACUUUCAGCCAUCGUCACCAUGUGUUACAUAAUCAAGUUGUAGACAAGGACACACACGUGUGCUUGAAUCACUUGUACAAAGGCCAGGCACCCUAUACAGUAGUGAACAGCUCCCUGUCCGAAUAUGGUGUGUUAGGAUUUGAGUUAGGGUAUGCAUUGACCAACCCCAAUUCUCUGAUUCUGUGGGAGGCACAGUUUGGAGACUUUGCUAACACAGCACAAUGUGUUAUAGACCAGUUUAUCAGUAGUGGACAAGCCAAGUGGGUCCGGCAGAAUGGAAUUGUUCUUCUUCUUCCCCAUGGUUACGAGGGAAUGGGUCCAGAGCAUUCGAGUGCACGACUGGAACGGUUCUUGCAAAUGAGUAAUGAUGACCCUGACCAUUUUCCGAUGCUGUCAGAUUGCAAAAAGAAAUAUGACAAUACUGGAAGUAACAAGAAAGAGAGUGAGGACUUUGAGAUUCAGCAGCUGCAUGAGAUCAACUGGUUUGUAGGAAAUCUGACAACUCCCGCCAACUACUUCCAUGCUCUACGUAGACAGAUUGCCUUACCAUUCAGAAAACCACUUGUCCUGGUGACACCAAAGAGUUUGUUACGUUUGCCGGAGGCUAGAUCAAACUUUGAUGAGAUGGUUGAAGGAACAGGUUUUGUCCGGUUGUACCCAGAGACAGGCAUGCCCUCUGAGAACCCCGCUGCAGUAAAGAAGUUGAUCUUCUGUUCCGGAAAGGUGUACUAUGAGCUAGUAAAGGAGAGAGAAAAGUUGGACCUUGUUGACAAAAUUGCUAUUGCCAGAAUUGAACAGAUUUCUCCAUUUCCAUUUGACCUUGUCAAGGCUGAGAUAUUGAAGUACCCGAAGGCAAGACUAGCCUGGGUACAGGAAGAACACAAGAAUAUGGGAGCUUGGUUCUAUGUAGAACCUCGUAUGCGUACAGUGUUGAAGAAAAUAGCAUCAACUGAUAUGGCUAUGGAAAAAAUGGCAAACAAGAAAAUAGAAUAUAUUGGCCGCUACCCAUCAGCCGCUACUGCUACAGGAAACAAGAGCAAGCACUUGUGGGAGUUUGCCGAAUUCAUGAAGCAUGCCAUGCAGAUGAACUAGAUUGAAAAAAAAAAACAGACUAGAUUUUAACUGAAAGAAGGAAAUGGAAUCCCUUUAGAUUCAAUAUAUGUACAUUUUCGUAGACUGAAUGGAUUCACUUAGUUCAAUUUGAUAUCAUCUAAAGCAGAAAGUUUCAGUUGUACAUAAUAUGGACACAAGAAACAGUUUUCACUGAAAAACAGGAAAGUUUUAGCAAUUUCGUUAGCUUUCCUAUAGAGCAAAUUCUUUGAUAUGGAUUGAUUUUAAUGUUUUUUAGACUUACUACUAAGGGAUUUCUUUGCUCAUCAAAAUGAAUACACAUCCGAGUGAUAAUAAUAAGUAUUGUGACUUCAGGAAGGAAAUAAUUGUGUCAAUUAUUUAGUCUUAUUGAUAUUUUUAUUGCCUCGUUAACAGUGUUUAUUGUUGCUUUGUUGAAAUGGCACUGUCAUCCAAUCUUCUUCUCAUUUAUAAAAUCUGUACAUGAAUUUGUUGUGUAACAUAUGGCCAUGUAACAUUAAUGUAUUGUCCCAGUUGUAACCGUUAUAUGUGAUCAGAAUGAUAAAACCGGUUUCAUAAGAAAAAAAGACCUCCAAGGGGCUUUUGCCUGUGUUAUUGUUAAAGAUAGUGUGAGUAGUUACUAGAAAGUGAUCAGGGAUUUAUUGUGUGAGUGAGUAUCUGUGAACUUUCUACUGUUUAGAAUGCUUCCUUCAAGUUAUUUAAAGUUUCUGCUUAAACUGCUUGUAUGUUCUGUUCUGUAAGUUAUUUUUGCAUAAUCUGGAGAUUUAGAGGUUAGGGUGUAAAAAAAUAGAUAAUAUUGAGCCGCGCCAUGAGAAAACCAACAUAGUGGGUAUGCGACCAGCAAGGAUCCAGACCAGCCUGCGCAUCCGCGCAGUCUGGUCAUGAUCCAUGCUGUUCGCUUUCAAAGCCUAUUACAGUUAUAGAAACUGUUAGCGAACAGCAUGGAUCCAGACCAGACUGCGCGGAUGCGCAGGCUGGUCUGGAUCCAUGCUGGUCGCAAACCCACUAUGUUGGUUUUCUCAUGGCACGGCUCAUAUUUUAUUUUUAGAUACUAAAGGCAGUGCCUAAUUGUUGUUACUGGACACAAGGUGUUAGAUAUGAUACAGCAUUAUAGCAGAUACAUGUAGAGCUUAAAACAAGUAUUAAAUAUUUUAACUGUUUUAAAUAAGUGGUAUUAAAUUGUAGAAUAUAGUCACAUAAAUAUCUGAUAAAUAUCUAAAUGCAUUUAGUGGAGUCGGUUCUAGUAUUUAAUACUAGUGCUAUUUUUUUAAUUAUUAUUUCAAGUUAUAAAGAUCUGACAUUUGAUAUUUCACAAGAAUCUUUACAUUUUGGACUAAAUCAUGAAAAGCUUUUUGAAUGUUUUUGUAAAUAUAAAAACUGUUGAUAAAAUGUGUCAUUACUGUAUUUGACUUGUUUUGUACACAAUAUGUGUCUAGAUGGCUUAUAAGACAGAGCUAAUUAUUCAAAAUUUUAAAAUAACUUUCUAGUGGUUUUAUUGCUUAAAAUACAACUUAAUGCGAAUUGCAUAAAAAGUCCAUAUACUUAUACUGGAAACAGGUGCAUGUGUUUUCGUUGGCUGUUUUAGGGCGGCAUCUAAAGCAUUUUUGGUUGAAGACAUAUUUACUGUGAAAAUUUUAGUUAUUUAUGGUAUUUGAAUUAGAUUGCUAGAUUGUUUAAAUAGUGAUGGAGAAAUCUAUUCUAGACAUUAUUUUAGACAAGAUUGUCGAGUAAAGAUUUAUUUGUUUUGUAGAGUUCUGAGUACUAUCGGAUCAUUUACCUUUAUAAAUUUUGUACAAGUCAACACACUUUCGUCGCACAAAACUUUUUUCACAAACAGUCUGACAUCUAUCAUUUUAUUUAUUUCCAUAGAUUUUAAUACUGUUGCUGCACAGCUAUUUGUUUUAUUCUUUAUAGUGUAUUUGCUUUAUAUCACCUAGCCUUUAAAGAGUGCAUCACUUUCAAAUUUCUGAUUUGCGGUGAGACAAAUUAUGUUGAAUUUGCUUUGGAUAUUUCAUACAGGAUGUGCUUUGUGCCAAAACACUGUUACGGCUAACACACAUUGUUACAGAGAACUGGCAACAAUGAUAUUUAAAUUUGAACAAGCAAGAGGUGAAAAAUGAAGUGAUUAUAGAAUGUGUUCUUAAAGAGAAAGUUAGCUUGUUGUAUGUUGCAAGAGUUUAUUUAUUAUACUGGAGAGUUUGACUGUCUAGAUAUUAGCUUAUCCAGUACUGAAAAACAAACUUUUUAGAAUAUUAAAUUUGACUUGAUACGUUUCUGACAUGAUAUAUACUUUCAGAUGUACCAGUAAUUUAAAUCUGAAUUUCAUACAGACUCUUUGAUGUACAUACACUGAUUGCUAUUUAUUGCAAUUUUAGAUAAGAUAAUAAAAUUUCUUCCAUGUU